AUGGAGGAGAUGCGGAGGGAGCUGGAAGCUAUAAGAGGUGAAGUUGAACGAAUUGGCGAGGAAGCCAGGAAGUUGGCUCAGAUACACCCACACAUCCGGGAGAACCUGCAAGAGCGCGUGGAAGAGGUGGCCAUAUCCUGGAGCAACCUCCAUCAGAAAGCCAGGGAGUGGAAGGAGAAGCUGAUCGAAGCUGAGCAAAUCCAGGCUUAUGUCAGCGACUGCCGGGUUUUCAUGUCCUGGGUGAAUGAGAUGGACACUCUGCUGGACACAGAAGAGCAGGCCAGGGGAUCUGUGAGUGCUGAUCAGCUCUACAAACGUCACAAGGAGUACAAGCGAGAGAUCGACAAACAGAAAGCCAAGUAUGAGGAGCUGCUAACAACCGGAACUGAGCUGAGGGAGAACAGACACAUCCUGUCGAAAGAGGUCGAUGAGAAGUUGAAUGAAAUGUCUGAGCAGAUGAACCAGGUGAUGAAGAAGUGGGAGAUACAAGAAGCCCUGUAUGAGGAGGAAUUGUGGAAACAGGCACAGCUCAGGGAGCUCGAGUUAAUGGCUGCGUGGCUGGGCUCCAAAGAAGGGCUUAUAUCUGGCAACAACUUUGGGGACUCUGUCAGUGAGGUGGAAGAUUUAAUUAAGAAGCAAGAAGAUUUUGAGAAGAUGCUGGCAGCUCAAGAUGAGAAGUUUGGCCAACUGGAAAAGGGCGAAAGGUUCCAAAGGAACACAAGCGUAAAGGAAAAAGAACGAAAAGUGGCUCAAGUUCCUUCCCUGAAGAGAAAGGGGUCAGACAAAAAGACAACACCAUUGAGGAUCUAUGGAAGAACCAACUCAGACACAGGGAAGAUACCAAAAUCCUGGCCAAAAGAGAUAGUCGUGAGUCCUGCUCCAAGGUCCCCCGCAACCUCAGAACGUUUCUUCUCCCCUGGCUUAAGGGCUGUAGCCCCUCUCAAAAAUCUCGAUGUUGCCAGUGACCGAAGACAGACCAGCAUCCAAUCACCUUUGUCACCAAAAUCUUUCGCUCUUUAUGGUUCUGAAGUUGACAGCCCCACAAAGAGGCUAUCAAAUCCAACAAGGCAUGUACAAGACAUACAUAAAUCACUUUCCAAUACUCCUUCAAGAUCUUCCCUGGAGGAAUCACCUCAAGAUCUCACUUCACCAACAAGAGAGACUGAGUCACCCACUAAAUCUCAGUCCCAAAGCCUCCUGUCCAACUCUCCUACAAGCAACGUCUCUGAAGACAGACCAGAACAACACAAAUCUACCAAAAGCAGCUCUGUAGAUCCUGUGCCCAUCCGAAAGGUGUCAGAAUCUGAUCCCCCUGAGAGUGCAGAAUCACCAUCAUUCCUGAGGGGUCAGAUCGAUCCUCAGCAGCCUGACUCCACAGGACAACUAAACAAUGACCAGGAUGCUGCAGAAUUCCAGACCAUGGAGGGCACGCUCUGCUGGAAGCAUAUCCUGCAAUCCAAUGGGACUAAGACUGACCCCAAAGACUGGGAUACCUGUUUCGUGACUCUAGCAAAGCAAGUUCUCUCCUUCUAUGCAAACAGGACUGAGAGUUUGAAGGAUUCCCCUUGCUCUCCAUCCCUCAGUGUUUCUGAUGCCACGUGUGGGGAGGCCGUUGAUUCCACAGAGGAGCACACUUUCCAGCUACGGCUCAGCGAUGGGGUGGAAUAUCUUUUCUCUGCUCCUUCGGACACCCUGAUGGAUGAGUGGAUUGAAAAGAUCAGCACCAGUGCAGGCUCCUCUGCCAAUGGCCCCUCUCCUUCACAUUCUCCACGACAAUCCUGGGAAACAUCCCCGGUGAAGUCACUUCUCUCUGCAGAUGCAUCUAACAAGACAGGAACCUCCCCGACCAAGAUGGGAAACAGCAAAGAUUUCCUCCCCAGGAGAACUCCAUCUUUCAGAGUAAAGCAAAGCGCUUCAUCCAAACCAUUGGGAAGAAGGGAUGCACUGGUCCGACCACAAAGCACCAACAUCCUGCCGGGAACAGAAAUGUCAAGAGUACAUCAAACAAGUGGUUCAGCAAAAGAUGAGAAUUUGUCGUCAAAUCCCCCACCGAAACCCCCGCACACCUACUACAACACUCACCCAUACCCAGAGGCUGGGGAACAGCUGAAAGCAGGUAGCAGCAAGACCCUGGGAAGUACCCCUGACCUGCGGGUGGAGUACAGGGAGUCUAGUGGCUCCAAAAAUCGAGAGCUGGAUGACAACCGGAGGAAGACCUGGGGCUCAGAGCAGGUGGAGGCAGCCAGUAGCACACCAGCAUUGGACCAGACACAGAACAUGGACGCUGAGGGCAAGAAGAAGAGAAAAAACGUCUUCAAGGGCUUCUUUGGAAAGAAGUAACUCGAAGAUACCCGACUCAUUCUUUGACUGUAAUAUAUUUAAUUGGGAUUUGCGCGGGGCCUGAUAUCACCUGGGCGUGGCAGGUGAUCAAUAUGGAGCCUGUAUUGUGAAUGUGUCCACCUGGCUCUGUGUGUUAGCUCCCUCCAAAGCUAGUGAUUGGUGAAUUUGAUGAAAAUAAAGCAAAGAGAUGAAUGGAAGAUCCGUUCCAAGUCACAAAAUCAAAUCUAGAUAAGUGUGUGGUGAAAUGGAUAUAUUUUUUCUAUCUUUUGUAAUUAUCAGCUAAGAAGCUAGUAAAUAUUGAUAUCUGGUUCAGCAGGCGAUUGAGAAGGCAAAUAUAACAUUCCCUUUCACUGCAAGGCAUUUGGAAUGCUUGCUACAAUUGCACAGGUACUUGGUCAGCUCACAUCAGACAUACUGUGUGAUUCUGGCCUCUACCAAAGGAAGAAAAUGCUUACUAUGUAAAUAGUGCUGCAUCAGCUCCACGAGGAGAGAACAAAUGAGACUGACCUAUAUUCCCUGUCUUUUAAAUCAAUGAAAGCUCACCUCAGUAAACAACGCAAGCUCCUGACAGGUCUACGAUUAGGGGUUGAGGUUUCUGCCGUGAGGAAAAAAAGAGACUGUAAAUCUUUGUCGUUCUUUGGCUGCUGAUCACUGAAGGCAUGCAAGACUAUAUAUAAUCAUUAAAUUCUUGGAUACAAAGGAAGUCUAGAAAAUGGGUGGGAAUGGGUUAUGAUCUUACUGAAUGGGAGGGUGAAGCUGAAGAGCUGCUGACAUACCCCUCCUUCUGGCUUUCUAUUUGAUCCCCAUCAGUAUGUUGAUCUGGGCAAUCUAAUUACUAUGCUUUCCAAAACUAAUUGUGAAAUUAUUGCUGCUUCUGAAGAUAGGGAUAUAAUGACACAGGGGUCCAAUUGAAAUGUAGAUAGGUUCUGCCUCUGGGUCAGCUCACUUUGGUGCAUGCUGCCUGGUUCAACUUGAAGGAUGAAAGAAAUGAAUUAAUCAGCUGUGUCCUGUAAUUUGGAAUAUGGCUGCUUAAUCCCCAUGCAAGGUUAACUCUACCCACAGGCUAGCAGAAAGAGAUUUUUUCUGAGGUGACUGAUCCCAUUCCUGCUGGACUUCACACAGCCUGUGGUUAGACAGCCACUUAUCAGUUCUUUGUAGAGUGGAAAUGGUUCAGGUGGGUGCUUCAGAGGAAGAUCAGCUUCCCGUACCUCUGGGGAACGGUGACCACCAGCUGUCCAGCUAGAUGCUUACCCGAGUCAGUAAACUUAGAUUGGCUGCUUAUACCAGGACAAACCCCUGAUAUCAUUCUCUCAUUGUCAAAAUUUUAAAAAUUAAAAGUGAGUUUUGCAUGGAAUUAUUUGGGCUGUUCUAGCUUCCUCCUUCCAGUGAGGGGAUGUUGUUCUUUGAAGAAGCAACAAGUAUUAUGGAUAGUAAACACAAAGUAUACUAUAGAUGCUGUGGUCAAAUCAACACGUAGGGAUAAUGGGAACUUGUGAUUACUGGAAGGCAUUCGACAAAGGUGCUGAAUCAAAGCUUAUUGAGGAAAGUGAAGGUACAAAGUAGAAGAUAACACACUGGUACAUACAGAAGAUUUACAGUUAACAGGAAACAGAGCAACUAUCUCUAGUUGGGAAGAUGCAAUGUGUGGUGUGGUAUAGAGACUGAUGCUGGGGCUCUGCCUUUGAAAAAUUUAUAUAAUUGCCUUGUUUUUAAGCACCAAAGCUAUGGUUGCUAUAGUGAAAAUCAAGAAAACUAUAGGUGCCAUAUAUUUAAAAUAAAAACAGAAAAUGCUAGAAACAGUCAGCAGGCUAUAUGAGUGGGAAGAGAAAUUGAGUUAAAUGUUUUGGACCCUCUUCAGAACUGAUCUUCAUCCUGAAACUUUAAGUCUGUUUCUUUCCACAGAUGUGGCCUGACCUGCUGAGUACUUUCAGCACUUUUUUCUUUUCAUCUUAGGAACAGUUUCUAAAUUUGCUGUUGAUGAAAAGGGAACAUGUUGUGAGGAGAACGUAAGGAGACAACAAAGAAUUUAGACAGAUUAAGUAUGAAAGAAAAAUAUGGCGAACUAUAAAUUGUCUGUCAUGGUGGAAUUGAUGAGAAAUUGCAGAAGGACCUGGGUGUCUUCAUGAAAGAUUCACAGAAGUCUAAUAUGUGGACAGUACACGUAAUUAGAAAUUCUCACAUUGUGUUUAUUGAAUUAAAAGGUAAGAGGGUACAUGGGGUACUGGUGACACAUGUGGAUUACUGUGUACAGUAUUAGUCUUCUUAUCUAAGAAAUGUCAAUACAUUGCAAGCAGUUCAGAAGUUUACUUGACUGAUAGCUGAUACUGUCCCUAAUCAGGGAGGUAAGGAAGGAUCAUGGGCCUCAGUCACAUGCAAGGUCCCAGAAGACUGGAGAAUAGCCAUUGCUAUUCCUUUAUUUUAAUAAGAGCAAUAGGAAUAUUCCAAGAAAUUAAAGGCUAGUGAGCCUUGCAUCAGCGUUAGGGAAAUUAUUGGAAAAGAUUUGUAUGGACAGGACAUUCUUAUGUUUGGAAAAGCAUGGACUUAUCACGGAAGGUCAGCAUAGCUUUGUGCAGGGGAGAUUCUGUCUCACAAGUUUGACUUGAGUUUUUUGAAGAGAUGAUGAAGAUGAUUGAUGAGGAUAGGGCAAUGAUGUUCUCUUCAUGGACUCUGGUAAAGCAUUUAACAAGUUCCUUCAUAGUAGCUGAUCCAGAAGAUUAGGUUAUGUGGGAUCUGUGGUGAGCUGGUAAAGUGCAUACAAAAUUUGCACAGAUGUUUUCCCCAGAGGGUGUUGGGGUCUGGAACUCUGAAAAGGCAUUGAGGCAGAAACCCUCAGCAUGCUUAGAUGUGGAGUUGAAAAGCUUGGACUUGCAAGGAUACAUAUGCAGUGUUAGAAGAGAGGUUAAGAUAGGUCUCUUUUAAUAAAAUAGCAUAGAUAUGAUUGGCCAGAUUGCUUCCUGCAUUCUAAUAUUCCACAGUUCCAAGUGCUGUUUGUCAUCUAUAUCAAUGAUCUGGAUGAAAAUGUGGUAAAUUAGAUCAGCAAAGGCCUUCUGAAAAUCCCAGUUAACAAUGUCCACUGACUCUCCUUUGCCUGUCUUUCCUGUUAUUUCCUCAAAGAAUUCCAACAGAUUUGUCACGCAAGAUUUCCCCUAAAGAAAAACAUGCUGACUUUGGCCUAUUUUGUCCUGUGCCACUAGGUACCCUAAAACUUCAUCAGUAAUAAUGGACUCCACCAUCUUGUCACCACUGAAGUCAGGCUAACUGACUUAAAUUUCCUGUCUUUUGCCUCCUUCUCUUCUUAAAGAGUGGAGUGAUAUUUGCAGUUUUUCAGUCCUCCAGAACCAUUUCAGAGUUGGGUGAUACAUAGUAAGAUUACUACUGCCUCCACAAUCUCUUCAGCUACUUUUUUCAGAAUCCUGAGGUGUAGUCUAUCUGGUCAAGGCGAUGCAUCUACCCCCAGACCUUUCAGCGUCCCAAUCAUCUCUUUAUUGAUAGCAACUACACUCACUUCUGCCCUUGACAUUCACAUUUCUGGCAUGCUACUGGUGUCUUCUACAGAGACUGCCACAAAAUACUUGUUCAGUUCAUCCUCUAUUUUUUUGUUUCCCCAUUACUACUUCUCCAGCUUCAUUGUCCAGUGGUCCAAUAUUCUCCCUUUGCUCUCUUUUACUCUUUAUAUAUCUGAAACUUUUGGUAUAAUCUUUUAUAUUAUUGGCUAGCUUAUCUUUAUAUUUCAUCUUUUCUCUCCUUAUUGCUUUUUCAGUUGCCUUCUGUUAUUUUAUUUAAAAUCUCCCCAAUCCUCUAGCUUCCCACUACUUUUGUUUUUAUGGUUUGACUUCCCUUGUCAGCCACAGUUGCAUCAUCCUUCCUUUAAGACUUCACCUUUGGGAUGUACCUGUCCUCCACUUCCCAAAUUGCCUGCAGAAACUCCAGCCAUUGCUGCCCGACCAUCAUCCCUGCUGGGGUCCCCUUCCAGUCAAAUUUGGCCAGCUCCUCUCUCAUGGCUCUGUAGUUACAUUUACUCAACUGUGAUACCAAUAUAUCCAAUUUUUGCUACUUCCUCUUAAAUUGCAAGGUGAAUUCUAUCAUAUUUAGGUCAAUGUAUCCCAAGGGUUCCUUUACCUUAAUAUCCUUUUUUAUGUUUGAUUUGCUAUACGUGGAAAGCUGUCUCAUCAUUUGAAACAUCGGGACUCUACAGCAAGUUCUCACACCCUAUUCUGUCAAUGGGCCAGCCUUGUAACGACCUC